AUGAAAGAUGAAUCGACAGGGGAGGUGGAAACUAGCAGCAGCGGAAAGAAAAGUGGGAUUUCUGAAUUGGCAAUGUCAACAGCGCAGCCAAGGGGAGAUAACCUUGUGGAGACCAACAUGGAAAGAGAGCCGGAUCCGUUCGAAUACUUCCAGGCGUUACCAAAGAAAACGUUUUCAACAGGGAAUUACAUUGUUUCCAAGAGAAAACAGAAACUGGAAAAGCGAAAGCUACGUAAAGUCAAUGCAAGUGACAAAAGAAAAUGGAGGCAGGUCCCUGUGGAAGAAAUCGGCAUAAAUCCCAGCUUGUUCCCGUGGUGUCAGUUUAAACCCAGUGAAAAAGACCGGAAGGUUAAUUCUGAAGCGAUCAGUUAUGAAGUAAAUGAGGAAUUUAUGCAUGUGGAGAAUAUAAUUUCCAAUGCGAAGGAUCUGGAAUGUUUUCUUGCCAUCGGUGUUAAAGACAUUAGAGCCGAUCGGCAUCGAAAAAUUAAAAGGGCGCAUAAACAAAUGAAGGACAAAUACUGCAACAACGUGCAAAAUAACAAUGGGAAAAAGCUGUUCGUAAAUCAUAGAGUGUACAAACGGAUGGAGCUGAAACCACAGACAAUCCACUUUUUACCCAAACAAAAGGUAGGUGGAAGAUCAGACCUCGAGGAAAAGAGAAUUAUAAUCCAGAAAGAGAAAGGGAAAAGGAAUCCAAACAUUAAGGGGGAGGGGGCGUUUGAAGAUGCAAAACCUGCCCCGCCUGUGGCCUCUGAAUCCCGCCACGCCCUUCACAGUCAAAAUGCCCCAUCGACCUUCGCCGAAGAUCAAGCUCUGGUCAACUUGUUAAUCUCUCUGCAGCACCGAGAUUUAAGCCCCGAGGAUUAUGACCUGCUGUUGAAACUUGACGAACUUUUCUGGGUACGAAAGUUCCUCCCCUGUCAACACGAGUUCCACACCGGCUGUAUAGACAUGUGGUUAGAAAACCCCUCUUUGAAUUGUCCUCUGCACGGAUUACCUGUCACGUGA